UAAUUGAUGAAGCCAUCAGGAAAUCUCAAAUGAUUCUUCCGUUACCUGGUUGGAUACAGGAAUGGAUUCCAUUUUCAGAACUCGAAAAUAUGAAAUACAAGACCAGAGGUGGUUGUGCGACUAUUUAUACUGCGAUCUGGACGAAAGGAUAUAUGAAAGAAUUUGACAACGAGAAGCGUACUUUUGGACGAAGUGGUCCUUAUAAAGUCAUCAUGAAACGACUUGAGGGUUCAAGCAUAGCUGAUACGAAAUAUUUCAAAGAGGUUUUUAUCAAGUGAAAUCGAAUUUUAAUUUUAUACUUGGUGCAGGUGCGACGCUAACCGACAGUAUGAUAAUUAGUUGACGUUGCAUCUUACCUUACGUGGACACGGAUGUCAGGUGGUUCAUUGUUGUGGUGUAACACGGGAUCCUGAGAGCGAUGACUUUAUGUUAGUCAUGGUGGAAAUGGAGAGUGAUCUGUAUCACUAUAUUCAGGAAAAUUUGUACUCGAUUACAGCGAAAGAAGUUUAUAAUAUUCUCCGAUGUAUCUGCUCAGCACUUGUCCAAAUUCACGAUAAUAAUUUAGUGCAUCGUGAUCUUCAUUCUGGUAACGUGUUGCGCCGUUCUGAUACAAAAUGGUUCAUUUCUGAUUUGGGAUUGUGCGGGCCAGCGGACAAGCCACCGACUAGCAUCUAUGGCAAUCUACCAUAUAUUGCCCCAGAGGUGUUGCGUCUUGAUAGAUUCACCCCGAAAGCUGACAUUUACAGUUUGGGUAUGUUAAUGUACGAGAUAUUGACUGGUUUCCCACCUUUUCACGACCGAGUGCAUGAUUGCCACUUGGCAAUUGAUAUCGUCAGCGGUAUUCGACCGACAAUUCCACCCGAUCUUCCAGACACUUUAAAGUACUUAAUGGAGCAGUGCUGGGAUAACAACCCGGAAGCCCGGCCAACCUCUGCAAAACUUCACGAAUAUUUCAGUGAAAAGUACAAACUAUCUUUUGAUAAUUGUGAUUUUGAUCCUAGUGUGGUGAGGCGCAAUUUGAAACUAAAACCGUUAUUAAAAAGUUCAGGUAGUAAACUUCAUGACUUUGGUGAUUUGCUUCGUAAUUGCAAUGUCACGAAAAGUAAUAUGGGGUCAAAUCAACAAUCAUCAUAUGAAACUAUUCAAGAUAAAUUGGCCAUAUCCGUCGAAAGUGUAACAUCUGAUAGUUCUGUAGUAUAAGCUCGAUUAACUAAUGCUAUUAAUUAUUACGUCAUGUUUCUUUUCUCCAAACUUGUCAUUUAGAACUAAGAUCUCAUUAGAAAGUGCAUUAAUGUUAUAACUUUAUUAUUGAUUAAAGAUUUAUAAUUUAAUUUGU